GUUUCUAGAACAAAUGUUUCCGGCCGGAGUUGUUUUGAGUGAAGACUCGUGGAAAUUUGCGCCUUUAAUAACCAUCAAUUCUUUGGUUUUACAGUGGAGAACGUAAUGGCUGCCCCAGGUCCUAAUAAGGACAACAUCAGAGCUGGGUGCAAGAAAUGUGGAUAUCCGGGCCAUUUGACCUUUGAGUGCCGAAACUUUGUCAGAGUUGACCCCCAGAAAGACAUUGUCUUGGAUGUAAGCAGCACCAGCAGCGAGGAGAGUGACGAGGACGUACCUGCAGCUCAGCGCACUGAGAAGCUGGGACGAAGCAGAGGUUCCAAUGAUGAUGAUGACAAUAGUAGAAAAGGGAGACACAAACGGAAGAAGAGCAGCGACAGAAAGUCAAGAAAGAGAUCUUGCUCAUCGAGUGACGACACCACAAAGAAGAAAAAGAAACGCAGCCGUUCCUGCUCCUCGUCUGACGACGAGAGGAGGAGGAAGAAAAAGAAAGUAAAAAGCCAGAAGAAGAAAAGCAAAAAGAACAAAAAGGAACACGGGAAGCAUCAGAAGAAGAAACAGAAGAAGAGAAAAGAAGAAUCAUCAUCCUCGUCAUUCUCUAGCUCCAGUGAAUCCUCAGACAGUGACUGAGGAAACUGAGGGGCAGUGUCUGGAGGUCCAAGAUAUUUAUUUUCCAGUCCAUGUAAUGUGUACAUUACUGAGACAUGGGUUUAAAUGAUUAAUUAGGGCAUAAAAAAAACAACUGUAAAGUACAUUGUACACAGCAGAUACAUUUUAUACCAUAAUGGAAAUGAAAAACAAACGUGUUUGGGGUUCCCAGAAUCAUUUUGGUAACAUGUACAAAGCCAGGGAACAUGUUCUGAUAGAGUGUUUCUUUGUCCUUCCAGAGUGUUAUAUCACAUAUGACAACUCGUUGCGUGCAGAGAAAUCUUAAAGUGACACAUAGCACAGCCUUUUGGGCAAGUCCAAUCAAGAAAUGCAGUUGAGGGCAGAAAACGUGGAUGUCGAGUUAUGAAUUCCCAGAGGCUGUUGUUUUGUUUUUGUUCUUUUUUACACUUUUUGCUUCAAUACUUUUUUGAAACUGUAUCCAAAAACAUUGCAAAAGGUUAAAUGUGAAAGCCAAACGUAAUUUGACAUGAUCUGAAUUGCUAAGGAUGACAAGGACUGAGUAUGAGACCAGUGUUUACAAUAAUCUGUCAGUGUUGACAAGUUGGCAGCAGUUGAACGACGGGUAAUAUUGGUCGACAGAAAGGAGUUUUAGUCUUUUAGUUCGUGUUUUUUAAUGUUUAUACUGUACUUUUACUGGGCUGGCUUUAUCGUACAAUAAGGCUCCUGCAGGUUCCUGGUGACACAGUGUAAUUCAUAUGAUUAUUGUCAAAGAAAAGCUUUCAUCAUUUUAACCACCACACCUUACUGAAAACCAUCAGGACAUUUUUAAGGCUUCAUUCCAAAACACUGUGUAAAGUUUGGGAACUGUCAUUAACUGACCCUCUUUAUACAGCUUUGUUUAUUUCCACUGCACAAUUUGCUUCAGUCUGUUGUUUUGGCCCUCCAUAUUAAGUAUUCUUUUAUUGUAAUAAAAUGUGUAUAUAUUUGUA